AUGGCAUCCAUGAAGGCCUUGGCCUUGGCUUUGAUGAUGUCUUGGGUCUUGGCAGUGGAAGAGGCCGACAUGUCUGAAGAUCCAUCUGCAUGCAUGGCUCUACUUCAAGUCACCCAAGAGCGCUUGAAGAAGCCGGAGGUGCCUCCGACUCCACCACCGUUGCUGUCCUCAGAUCCGUUGCCUGCCCACCGGGUGGAGCACAUCCACCUGCUUUCGGAGACGCCCUUCUGGUGGAUGAUGGGUGUGGUGAUUAUGCUGGUCACAGUGGUGGUCGUCAGGACCGAAGUUCAGCAGACCACUUCCAACGCGGCCGAGGAAGAGACCUUCGAAGCAGAGCAAAGCAAGGUCGAGAAACCUGAGAAGCGACUGGUCAAUGGCGAAUGUGCAGGCAACGCACCAACCACUGAUGUGAAGUCUCUUGAGAGUCCCUCAGAGCCGCCCGCUGGUGGCCGGAAGGCGGAGGAGUUCACAAUGUACUACUCCUACGAAUCCAUCCAGAAGCUGGUUUUCUGCUUCAUGGCCUUGAACAUGAGCAUGAUUCUUUGGGGUAUUGCGCAGGAGUUCAUCAUGACCAACGUGUACUAUGACCGGGACGGGCAAGUGAGGGAGCUGCCCUCCGCACUGUUUCUGGUGCUUGCCAAUCGCAUUUUUACCAUGGCCUUCUCUGCAUUUCUCCUGUGGACACGUGAGCAGCCCUUGCUCUUCCCUGGUUGCAUUGAUGCCGUUUGGCCGGCGGUCAGCAACACCUGCGCGUCCUGGUCCCAGUAUUCCAGUUUGGGCUACAUCUCUUUUGGUCUCCAGACCACCGCCAAGAGCGUGAAGAUCUUGCCUGUGGUCAUCAUUAGCUCCUUGCGGGGGAAAUAUCACUCCCUCACUGACUAUGCGGAAUGUUUGGUGCUGGCCUGUGCUUGCUUUGUGUUUGGCCACGAGAGCGAGUCCGAGUCUGAUAGUCUCACGACAGUGGCAGGUGUGCUGCUUCUCUUGGCGUUCAUUGUUUGCGACUCGGUGACCCCUCAUUUGCAAGAUAUCCUUUUCCAGAAACACAAGGAGAUUGACGUUGUUCAGGCAACUUUUGCCAUGUCCAGCAUGGCCGUUGUGAUGAUGCUCAUCGAGAUGAUAGUGACGCUCAAACUGUUUGACAGCUUUGCGUUUCUUUGGAACUGCCCAGAGGCUAUGCUGCACAUGUUGGUGCUUUCCCUCGCCUCGACUCUGACGCAGUACAUGAUCUCGUACACCAUCAAGCACUUUGGCCCUGUGGUCUUCACCAUCAUCGCCUCCACGCGACAAGUGAUCUCUGUGCUGAUCAGUGCAGUGCUCUUCAGCCAUCAUAUGUCAGGCGUGGCCUUGGUGGCGAUGUUCAUCAUGUUCGGCACCUUGAUGCUUCGCUCUGUGCGGCCUUUGGCGAAGGAUCACAACGAGCUGCUGUGGGUGAUGCCUGAGGACUAUCAGCGGAUUCCCUUGCUGAGCUUCUCGGCGAGGCUCUCAGUGUUUUCACCUCUAUUUAUUUGUACGACUGCCAUUCACGUCGUCUACAUCAUCUACACCCUGUUACAGGAGUUCCUGUCCACUCACACCUUCGAUGGACACCUUUUCAAUUUCCCGCUGACCUUGGUGGCCAUCUCCCACACUGCUGCUGCCCUCUUGUCCCUGGCAGCGCUCCGGACACAAGGGCACUCAAUCGUGACGAAAGGCCUUUGGCAAACGAUUCUUCCGGGGUCCACGGACCUCGUGGCAACCUCGCUGCAACACUCAGCGAUCUACAAGAUGUACUUCCCAGCACAAUCAUUGAUGAAGACGCUGAAGGUGCUUCCAGUGAUGAUGAUUGGGACAUGCUUGCAGAAUCGUACCUACAGCAAACUGGAUUAUGCAGAAGGUUUUUUGCUCUCUUGCUUGGUGGCAUUCUUUGUCUUCGACUUUCAGUUCAAGCAAUUGGCUUGGGACCCAACGAAGCACAUGCACCACACAUCAUUGAUGGGGGUCUUGAUGAUGUUGGGCUAUGUGGUCGUCGAUUCCUUCACCAGCAAUUUUGAGGAUUCCAUCUACCAGAGAUUAGACUUGACACCAGGGCACAUGCUGCUGGGCAUGGAGACCUUCUCAGCGGCCUUGGCCUGGGUGUGGGCUGCCAUAAUGGGGGAGGUCUCGAGCGGAUUCCAGUUCGUGAUAGCAACCCCUGGCGUGUUGCUCUUCCUGUCGAUCUUUGCUCUGACGUCUGCGGUGGGUUCGUUGGCCUGUGUGUUGACCGUGAGACUGUUUGGGCCAGCAGUGUUCACUUUGAUCAUGACCUCCAGAGCCAUUUUGAGCCUGCUGAUUUCUGUGAUGUGCUUUCAGCACGGUGUGGAUUCCGUCGACUGCAUUUCUUUGGUGGCAGUCUCCAUCAUCACCCUGAUGUCCUCGGCCCGCCGUGUUUCCGCUCAGAUGCGGCAAUUUCAAUGA